AACGUCUCCAUCCACAAGAAUCAGGCAAAGCGCCAUAGGAUCCUCCUAGCUCCUACAUCCUACUUCCAAGACCUCCAAUUCCAUCUCUUUUAGCGAUGGCGUCGCCCAAGAUCAUCGCCCUGUUCCUCUCCUUCGCCGUGGCGGCGGCGGCGCUGCAGCCCUCGGAAGCGGCGAGGGUCCAAGCCCAGCACGGGAUGAAGGCGCCGGCGGCCGCGAGCCACGAGGCAGAGAAGGUGUCCGUACAAGCAGACGGCGGCGCGCCGACACCGCCCGGCCUCCCCGCCGGCGUCCAGCUCCCCCCGGGGCUGCUGCCGGCCAUCCUGGGCCUGCUCUUCCCGCCGCUGGGCGGCAUCAUCAGCAUCAUCCAGCCGCUGCUCCCGCCGCUGCAGGGCGGCGGCCAGCUGCCGGGCGCCUCGCCUGCCCCGCCGCCGCCGACGGAGUGUAUGACGCCGCUGGCGGCCUUGGCGCCGUGCACGGGCUACCUCACCAACGUCACCGCCGUGGCGCCUCCCCCCGGCGAGUGCUGCGACGGGCUCAGGGCCGUCGUCCGGGACGCGCCCAUCUGCCUCUGCCACGGCACGAACGGCGGCAUGAACCAGCUCCUGCCCAGGUCCGUCGACCCCCUCCGCAUGGCCGUCCUCCCGCUCGCCUGCGGCGCCGUGCUGCCGAUCCAGACGCUCCUCAUGUGCAACUCGAACCAGGUGCCGCCGAUAAUGCCACCCACCCCGCCUGCCACACCUCCUCCAGUGUCACCGUAGACGAUGGCGCCGUCGAGGUUGUCUGUCGAUACUACUCAGGCUAGUUUGUCUUCUUAAUUAGUUUCAAGAUGGUACUAGCCUAUUAGGAUAGUUUAGAUUAGAAAUUGAAGUCAUCGUAGAGAGUGUUAAGUUAGAUGUUUGAGUCGUGUUAGUGCAGAGUGAAGUCAUGUAAACAGCUCUGUUUCUUGCAACAUAUAUACUACAUGAUGAUGCGUCAGUGGAUUGGAUGCCA